CCUAGAGUACUGUGCACCGCUAGGGCUCCCCGGGCUGCGGAGUCCCGCCAGGCGGCGCUGAGCUCCGUUUCCACCGAGGGCUCCGGGACCCCCAUGGCCUCACCCGCGGAGAACCUGAGCGCGUGGCCGGGCCCCGGCUGGCCGCCCCUAGCCGCGAUGAGGAACCUGUCCUCGUCCCCGUCCCCGUCCCCGUCCUGGGCACCCCCGCCGCGCGCCAGCCCCGCGCACCCGUUCCUGCAGCCGCCCUGGCGCGUGGCGCUCUGGUCGCUGGCCUACGGCGCCGUGGUGGCCGUGGCGGUGCUCGGGAACCUCGUGGUGAUCUGGAUCGUGCUGGCUCACAAGCGCAUGCGAACGGUCACCAACUCCUUCCUCGUCAACCUGGCCUUUGCCGACGCCGCCAUGGCCGCGCUCAACGCGCUCGUCAACUUCAUCUACGCGCUGCACGGAGAGUGGUACUUCGGCGCCAACUACUGCCGCUUCCAGAACUUCUUCCCCAUCACGGCCGUGUUCGCCAGCAUCUACUCCAUGACGGCCAUCGCGGUGGACAGGUACAUGGCCAUUAUUGAUCCCUUAAAACCCAGAUUGUCUGCCACAGCCACCAGGAUCGUCAUUGGAAGUAUCUGGAUUCUGGCAUUUCUACUUGCUUUUCCUCAGUGUCUGUAUUCCAAAAUCAAAGUCAUGCCAGGCCGUACCCUUUGCUAUGUGCAGUGGCCAGAAGGUCCAAAGCAACAUUUCACGUACCACAUCAUCGUCAUCAUCCUGGUGUACUGCUUCCCGCUGCUCAUCAUGGGCAUCACCUACACGAUUGUUGGGAUCACGCUCUGGGGAGGGGAGAUCCCAGGAGACACGUGCGACAAAUACCACGAGCAGCUGAAGGCCAAGCGCAAGGUGGUAAAAAUGAUGAUUAUUGUUGUGGUGACCUUUGCCAUCUGCUGGCUGCCCUAUCACAUUUACUUCAUCCUCACUGCGAUCUAUCAGCAACUGAACAGGUGGAAAUAUAUCCAGCAGGUCUACCUGGCCAGCUUCUGGCUGGCCAUGAGCUCAACCAUGUACAACCCCAUCAUCUACUGCUGUCUGAAUAAGAGAUUUCGAGCUGGCUUCAAGAGGGCCUUCCGCUGGUGCCCUUUCAUCCAUGUGUCCAGCUACGACGAGCUGGAGCUCAAGGCCACCAGGUUCCACCCGACACGACACAGCAGCCUGUACACAGUGACCAGGAUGGAGUCCAUGAGCGUGGUGUUCGACCCCAACGAUGGGGAUAACACCAGGUCCAGUCGCAAGAAGAGAGGGGCAACCAGAGACGCAGGCUCCAGUGUCUGCUCCCGCAGGAACUCCAAGUCCACCUCCACCACCACCAGCUUCGUGAGCUCCCCGUACACAUCGGUGGAUGAAGGCUCCUGACUCCUUACUGGGGUCAAGGUUGCUACAGGUGCCCCUUCUGCUGUCACCCCUGCUGUUGCACCCUCUCUGGGAACAGAAGAACAAUUUUUAGGCAGCUAUGCUUACACUGAGAUGGACUGCACAUAAAUAUAACAAAGAUACUAAAAUAUUAGCUCUCCCCUGCAAAAAAAGGAACAAAAUGGGCUUUAAGUGUAUUCCUUGAAAACUCUAAAUUAUUACAUGCCACAAACAAAACUAUUUAUCUGAAAAAUAUUUGUAGUGUCCAGUUUUGCUUACUUAAAAAUUGCUACGUACAUUUUGUGACACUAAAGUGACAGUUUUUUCCAAAAUAUUAAACGAAGUUUAAAAUAUAAUAUUGUCAGUGAAGAGAAACCAAGACUGCAUAAAAUGAAGUGUUUUCAACAACAGACAGAAUGGAAAAGUUAAAUGACUUGAUUUCCUACAAUAGUAAUGGAAAUUUAACCUCAAAAACUAAGAAUUAAUGAAAUCUCAUUUUGUACCACAACAACUUUCAAAGACAUUUAAAUGAAAAGGAAAUCUAAUCAAAUCACUAGGCUUAUCUACAUGCCUUUGUCUUAUUUCUUUCUGAGAAAAUUAUUUCAAAAGAAAAAAAAGUAGUUUUGAUCAUUACAUAAAAUGCCAAGUUAAAAUGUAGUUGAACUUAAGACCUUAAAAGGGUAAAAAAAAAUUCAUAUGAUCCUUUUUAUUUUUCACAGACUUUUCUAAUUAAGUAAGUUGUAAGAUGCUAAAGAUGCCUUCUCAGACAUAAGGAAAGAAUCCCGUUAGUCUCUGUAACUGGCUACUGGCUUUUAGGCAGAAACCACGCAUUGCCACAUGUAGGUGUGAAGGUAGAUAAGGGCAUCUCCCAGCUGCAAGGCGGUUGUUCUUCCCCUGUACCCAAGGAAAAAGUUUCAGACACGUACUAUCAACCAUAUCUUGUCCAUCUCCUCUUUCAUCAAAGAAGAAUGUGUCUCAUGUGCAGAGCCGCAGAGGAAAUAGUUAUAAGAAUUGUGAAAGCAAAUGUAGCUGAAAAGAUUACUAUGCAUGUUGGAAAAUCAGACAGGAAGUAGAAAGCUGAGUAAACUCUUAGAAACAAAGAUGCACAAUAGUUUGGAUCACCCAUCAGGUGAGUGACAGUGUGCCUCGUGUCCUUCCAUACAGAGACCUGUUUCCUCUGCUUAGAUAAUCCUAAAUCCUGCUGAAAAGGAUUCUAAAGAAGAACCCAUUUUAUUGCAAGAAUAUAUUUUUUUCUGAGACCCAUAUUUAUGAGGGUUCCAUGCCACAGUCUUCAAAAAUUACCUUUCCUUAGGGGUUGGGGAUUUAGCUCAGUGGCACAGCGUCUGCUUGGCAAGUACAAGGUCUUGAGUUCGAUUCCCAGUACUGGAAAAAAAACAAAAACAAAAAAAAAAAAAUUACUUUUCCUUAAAUUAGGAAUUGUCAAUCCUGCUCAAGAAAUCACAACCCUUCUACAAAUUUAAAUAUGUUGUAUGAACUUCUUUAAAAUAUUGUUAGGUUUUGUAAACUGUCUAAAAUAAUUACCUCUAACAUUUACUUCAUUGUUAUGCCUUCCUCAGUAUCAGAACCAAGUAACCUUUUGAAGGUCAGGAUAAAAGCAAUUAUCCAAUGGCAAGUGAUGGCCUAUUGCUAUCAUGAUAUUAAUCUCCCAAUCCUACUUUGGAGCCAAAGUCAGAAAUAUUUAAUCGUUUCACUGUAAAAAGUGUAAACAGCUUAACAACAUGUAUUUGAGUUGAAUUUCUUUUAAUGGCAUUAAUAAACACAAGCAGAUGCAACAAUAAAUGUGCAGUCACACACAGCCAGCCAACGAAUGUAACAAUACCAAGAAUUAAACACAAGUUAAUUCUAAAACAGUAUAAGUGGUCUUUCUGGGGUUGCUAUGAACAACCUAAUAAAGUCUGUGAAAUGUGUGCAUGUUUUAGAUAAACAAAUAUAUUAUGAUAUAUAAUCUAAUUGCUUGAAUGUUUUAACACGUUCCUUCCUUAAAAAUAUAUACUUAACAAACAUAUGUGUCAGAAAUUCUUAGUAUGCUAUGAGAGGUAUAACUUCCUACUUAAAUUUAAGAGUAAUGGGGAAUAGUGUGUCCAAGCCAUACAGGACCAUCUUCAGCUGUAAAUAUGAAUGGGAAAUCUGGUCUUCAAACUUCAUAGUCAACCACCAACAAAGUGCGUCUGAAAAACUAACUCUUGGCCUUCACAUGAAUUUUAGACAAAUUCAUACAAUGAUAUUUCUGAGGAAAAAAUUGUACCCUAAUCUUGUUGUUUUGUUCAUUUGGAAUUUUUUCUUGAGUAGAUUUGUUGCUACCUUGCUUACCAGGCAUCAUUCUUUCUGGUGUGGCAGAAAUACCGAGGUCCAGGUUGUAGCUCUUAAAUACUGAAGAAAAGCUGACAACAUUCACUCAAUAAUCAUGACUUUUAAACUAACAUUUAUGAAACAUAAUUUUUAAAUUUGAGAACUUUAAGCAAUAAUAGCGAAAUGAAUUUAAAAAGGCAAAAGUUUAGCCCUUUUUUCUGAAUUUUGACACUAAAAAUUAUGGAAUGGUACCCAUGCAAAUCAGCUUCAGUGGGGCUCACUAUAAGUAAAUCAGUAUUUUCAUAUUUGCCAAAGUUUAGAAGAAUUUGGCUCCAAAAUUCACUGUACCCCAAUACUAAAGUCCAGUGUGAAUCCUUUUCAUUGUUUGCAGUCAGACAUACUCAGGAUGCUGAGCAGCUACCUAAAAGAUCUUAAGGUUUAUUAGAUUUAGAUCAGCGUCCAAAAAACUUAAACUAUUUCAAGAAAAAUCUGAGGGGGAAAAGCCUUGCCUCAUUUUAAGUAUUCUCUUUUUUUAAAAGAACAUGCUCAUUAAAAAAUUAAGUUUUUAUUAUUUUGUAUCUGGACAAAGUGUUUGAAGUUGCCUUCCUAGGAAAAGCUCAAAGCAAAUAUGGUUUUGUAGAAUCCAAUCUAAUGUUUUUUCAGUAGUUCAGUAUGCUGUUGCAUUAUUCCACCUCCCAGCUUCAUAAGGGUGACAUUUCUGACCAAGCAGCCAAAUUCAUAUUUUCCAGUUCCUGAAAAUCUAUUAUAAAAACAAAUCUGGCUGACUUCAAAGUUCCAACACCCUUAAAAGGCACACAAAAUACCAAGAAGCUUAGUAUCAAACUUAAAAACACAAAAUAAAUGUGAAAAGUCAAUGCUGGCUACCUCAAAAUUUGGAUUAGAUUUUUGUUAAUGCAGAAUUUCCUCAGAAAACCUCUAAUCAGUGUCUGGUAAAUUAUUCCACCACAUAAAAGGCAGGAGGAUUAAAACAAAUUCAACUGCUAACAGUAACAAUUUGAGUUCCAUUUUCCUUUGAUGGUGUGCCAAAAGUUAAGGAAACCAAGCGUAACACUGGCCAUGAAGAAUAAGAAAAUUGUAAUAAUUUCCCCACAGGCCAAACAGGAAUGGAGACUCACAUUCAGUGGAGCUGUACAAAGUCAUUCAUCGUGUGGUUUAAUAUACAUUACUUGAAAUGCUGUAUGCAAGAAAUAAAUAUAUAUAAAAUUUGUAGCUAGUGCAUAAAGUAUUUUCAAGUUGUGGCAGUUACACUGAGUAUGUUAAAAAUUCCAUCUUCUGUAUAUGUGAUAGUAUUUGGAAGGUUUAAAUCCUAUGUUUUUAUUUAAAUACAUUAAAAAUAUUAUGAAAAAUAAAAA